AUGCGACGAGCCGAGCCCGUUCUGCAGGACAUGCCCUUCCUUGUCUUGGAAUCGAUAACCAGUAGAUUGGAUUUUAAAUCACGGUAAGUUAGUUUAGUCAUUUCGAAAAAUAACUGGAUAGCAUUUGAGAAGCUCGCUCCGAAAGUGCUCUCCGUCACUUCAACAAGCUGUGGACCAGACCGAAAUGCACCUCGGCUGCCUCAGUUUCGUUUUCACCGGCUGUUCCGCGGAGCUCAAGUACCGCGAGCACGGAUCGAAGACUGAGAAACGCAUAGAAUACAGGCAGAUCGGAAUCGACGUUCUGGAGAAGCGAGGGGCCAAAGAAUACUGGGUGGAGAGAGCACGUUACUGGAAAGUGUUCCUCGGGGAUCUCAAGUGUAUUCUCAAAAAUCCCAAACUGAAAAUCGACGUUUUUUCCGUCUAUACUUCAGGGAUUGGGUCGGCGAUGGACGAGUUGUCCGUCAAAAAGUCAUUUCUCAGCCAUCUUCACUCGUUUUUCAAAUCUUUGAAUCAUCGUCUAGACUGUCAAUAUUUUGAGGUGCAAAACGUUAAACUGCAGAAAGAUGCUAUGUUUUUCCUCCCGUUUCUCAAACCAGGAAGCGUGAGAUAUAUUGGGAUAGUCGGGCGGGUUGAGGUUUUGCCGCAUAGAAAAAUAAAUAUGGAUCGGGUGGUGAGAACGGAGCAAUGGAAGCAGGCGGUUCACGCGAAUAUCAUCGGACUGCUUUGUUCGAUUCCCACGAGAAACUACUUGCAUUUCGAAACGUUUUCCGCUCAAUUUGAAUCGAUCUCAAUGGAAAGUGUGAAAGAAAUGAUUAAGGUAAUAAUUGAUGUUUUUUAUAGUUACCGAUUUUAUCACUUUUUCAGCACGGAAUCAGUUCAAAUAACAUCCAAGUGAUGUGCUUGGCGUGUCCGAUAAUAGACGUAACCGCAAUAAAUACCCUGGUGGGACCGAGUUCGAAUCCAGCGAGAAACAGAGAGCACAUCCGAAUGUACGAACGGACGGACGCUUCCACCGAUUUCAAAUUUUUGUUCCACGGGGGCGCAAUCGCUUUUGAUGGGCAGAAAAAGGCACUCGGAGAGGAAGAAGAACAGUACGACAAGCCCCCGAUUUGA